UUAGAGUGGCUGCAGAGAGACAGACAGCAGCAGAGAGAGCGAGACAGAUUGGGGAAAGUUUAUGCUGUUAAACAGGAGGAAGAAGUGUAUGACAGGAGAGUUUAGAUUGUCUUUAAUUUCAGACAGUUUUUGGGUUUAAUUUAGCCUGUUAGAUUUUUUUUUUUUUAGAGUAUUUUUCUAUAUUUAUUCACCCUUUGCCUGCUUCCCCUACUUGUGAUUUUUAGGCCGUGUGUGUGUUUUUGUGUGUCUGAGUGUGUGUGAUACAGUAAACCAUGGAGCUGGAGCAUUUAGGCGGCGGCGGGGUUAAACCUGAGAGGGGCAGCCGUCUCUACAAGAUAGCUCUGGCCAUGUGUGUGUGCCUCUGCGCUGCUCUGCUGCUUGCUCUCAUACUGGUCUCUCAAAAAUCCAGUCAGGAGGAGUUCUGUCUGACCCCAGAAUGCAUCGAAGCAGCGGGGUCUAUCCUCAGUAAGAUGGAUCGGGAUGUAGACCCCUGCCAGGACUUCUAUACUUUUGCUUGUGGAGGUUGGUUAAAGGAGAACCCGAUUCCCGAGGAUUCGUCCUCUUACGGCAUCUACCCGUGGCUGCGGCAGCACGUCGACAUCCGGCUCAAAGAGUUACUGGAAGCUCCUUCGGACCCCAACGAACUACAAGCGGUGACCAAAGCCAAGAUCCUCUACCGCUCCUGCAUGAAUGAAACUGUGCUGGAGCAGCUGGACGCCAGACCCAUGCUGAAGACGCUCAGGCAGCCGGAGUUCCGGUGGCCCGUCGUGGGCGAUGGGCUCGGCGGGGACUACCAGUGGUCGCCCAGUCAGUGGAACCUCCUCAAGACGCUGGCGGAGAUGAGGAACCAGCACAGCAAGAGCGUCCUGAUUCGGAUGUACGUCUCCCCCGACGACAAAAACUCCUCGCAUUACAUCAUCAAGCUGGAUCAGGCUACCUUGUCGCUGCCCUCCAGGGAGGACUACAUCACCAACACCUCCGCUGCUGUGGCGUACCGUGCAGCCCUGCUCAGUCUGAUGGUGGACACGGCCAUCAUGCUGGGAGCUCCAGAGAAGGCGGCGCUGACCCAGAUGGAAAAGGCCCUCGCCUUCGAGACCAAACUCGCUCAUAUCCUGAUUCCCUACGAGAACCGCACCAGCGAGAGCAUGUACAACAAAUACUCGCUGUCCCGCCUGCAGCGCUCCAUACCACAGUUCGACUGGCUGGCUUUCGUUAAAGCCGUGGUGGAGUCUAAAGGCGACCCGACUCGCUCCGUCUCCUCCUCCGAGCACGUCAUCGUCAGAGCUCCGCAGUACUUCAAGGAACUUAUGAAGCUCCUCAACGCCACUGAUCCCAGGACCGUAGCGAACUACGUCCAGUGGAGGACCGUCUUCUCCAGGAUCACAACGCUGAGCCGCCGCUUCCUCUACAGAUACCUCGACUACGCUCGGGUUACCACGGGAACCACCUCCCUGACCCCGCGCUGGGACAAGUGCGUCAACUACGUGGAGAACUCGCUUGUUUACGCCACCGGGCGCCUCUUCGUCAACACGCACUUCCAGGAGGAUAAGAAACACAUGAUGGAGGAGCUGAUCGAGGGCAUCCGUUGGGCGUUCAUCGACAUGCUGGAGAAGGAGAACGACUGGAUGGACCAGCCGACCAAGAAGAGAGCCAUAGACAAGGCUCAUGCAGUCCUGGCGAAGGUCGGCUACCCCGAGUUUAUCUUGAACGACACCUACCUCAAUGAAGAUUUAAAGCAGCUAGAGUUCAGCACCAAGGAUUACUACGGCAACGUGAUGCAGACGCUGAAGUUCAUCUCCCAAUCCGACAUCAGCUGGCUGCGAAAGAGCGUCCCGCGUAGAGAGUGGUUUACCAACCCGACGACUGUGAACGCCUUCUACAGCUCGUCCACCAAUCAAAUCAGAUUCCCUGCUGGAGAGCUUCAAAAACCCUUCUUCUGGGGACGAGAGUAUCCAAGGUCUCUGAGCUACGGCGCCAUCGGAGUGAUCGUCGGACACGAGUUGACGCACGGCUUUGACAAUAACGGUCGCAAGUACGACAAGAACGGCAACCUGGACUACUGGUGGAGCAACUCGUCUGUGACGGCCUUCACCGAGAAGACGCAGUGCAUGAUCGACCAGUACAACGGGUACCACUGGGAUGAGGCCGGGCUCAAUGUUCGCGGUAAGAGGACUCUGGCUGAGAACAUCGCAGACAACGGAGGACUGAGGGAAGCAUUCAGGGCGUACAGGCGGUGGGUGGACGGGAGCAGAGGCGGCGUGGAGGAGCCUCUGCUGCCUGGAGUGGAGCUCAACAACAACCAGCUGUUCUUCCUGAGCUACGCACAUGUGAGAUGUAACACGUACAGACCAGAAGCAGCCAGAGAGCAGAUCCAGAGUGGAGCUCACAGUCCUCCUAAAUACAGAGUCAUCGGCGCCAUGAGCAACUACGAGGAGUUCCGGAAGACGUUCGGCUGCUCCGCUUCGUCGGUGAUGAACCGGGGAGCCCAGUCGUGCCGGGUGUGGUGACCUCCGACCUCAGCGCAACCAGCAGAACGUCUGCUGAGGACAAAAAAGGGGGCCGGUGAUGCUGGACUUAGCCAACAUAGUUUACAUGAUGAGGGAGCAAACGGAGCAGAGUUGUUCCCAGUGAAGCGUAUUGUUCGGGUAAGAGUUUCUCAGACCCAGUUUUUUUAAAAAUCGGCCAGCCGGCGUGUGACUUUCCUCGCAGGUUUAUUCGCUGCACACGUUGCAGUUAAGACAUAAAUUAUGACGUUUUUAUAAAGGACCAUAGUGUAAGGGUUAAAAACACACUUUUUACAGGCUGUUUUGAGUUGUAUGUACUGUACAUGUAGGUAGAUAAUGAAUUUAUAUCACUGUAAAUGAACCAUAACGAGAACUUUUCUACUCAUCUGGAAGAUUUAUUCCAGAUCUUGUGGUAGGAAGCAGCUCAUAUAUUCAUUCUCAGCCCUGAUUGUGAACACUGUAAACCAAAGACGAGUUAUUUUUCUUCUCUUUUAUGUCUCCGCGGAAAAAAAACCCAGCAAAAUAUCAUCAAUCUACUGGAUUCGACUUCAAACUCGGUUGUGUUUGUGCCACUAAAUCCGUUCCUGUUCCGCUUUGUUUCAAUGCGAGUCUCGUGUCAGACAUUUUUAUUCAUCCCGCCGCCGUCGCCGCCGCUCAGCCCGAAGGCAAACGAACUCGCAGAAUCACAAACUACAGGAUAAACUCAUUUUUCUCGGCGUCACCGCUGCUCGCGCUCCGGCUCGUGUCGGCGUUUCAUGAAUAACGGGACAAUGAAUAUUUAACACGUCAGCCAGAAAAAAAACUGAAAGGAAACAUCUGCUGAAAUGUUUAUUGUGAGGAUUUAUUCACCGAAAAUGUUCUUUUUUCCCCCAACAUUUACACACAAACUCACUGCUAGAGUCACAAUAUUAUAAAAACUGGCUGCUGUGUAUUCAGGAGAAUGAAGAUUAUCAGUAAAAUAUAAUAUAAAUUAGCAUUAUUUUAAACUAUCCAUAGAUUAUUCUAAUUUUAUUUCACGUGCUGCUGACAGAACAGUAGCGCCCACCAUUAUUUAGCUGUUUCUUUCUCUUUUAGCCUUAAAAAAAAUGUCCGAAAAUGCAUCAAAAUUUCCCAGAAACCAAACUCAUGUCUUCGAAUCUCUAAAAAAAACCCCAAAGAGCCUCAAAUUCCAACAUAAAAGGGCAUCCAGGCAGUAAGUUAUAUGAUUUUUAAACCAAAAAUAGCAUUUUUUCUAGCGAUCCAUCAGUUCUUAGGAUUAAUUUAACAACCAAAGCCGGUUCAGUGUCACUUCCUUCAUAAUAAACAUCCAACAUUUAAUAUAUUUAUCAUCGUCUGCUGGUGUUUUUUCUUAAAAUAUGUUAUUUUUUUAACUUAAUGUGAUGACGUUUUGUUUUUUUUCUGCGUACAUCUCUUCCGUUGUGAAUGUGUAUGCUGUGAUCACGGUUCACUGGUUCUGUUUUUUUCCAUUUCUGUCAGGUUCUAAUAAAACUUUUGAGACAUGA